AUGUUUUUGUUUUACCUGUUAUUUGGAAUAAUUUCAGUCGACACGGUGUUAUCUGCAAAAUCAUGCUCUGAAACCAGCGAUACCGCGUGUUGCACUCACGGAAAUCCCUACACAACUAAAAAUGGCCAAAGAGUGUCAUGUGGCGAUGGAUAUGGCCAAACCUCAUGUCCAGAAGGUCAUGUCUGCUUCGCCCACAAGAGCAACAGAUGGUCAGCAUGUUGUCCUCACGAGGCAGUCAUACCAGAGCAAUGUUCUGCAAGUAGCAUUACUGCCUGUUGUAUCCAUGGUGACCCUCUUACUAAUGAAAAUGGACAGCAAGUAUCCUGUGGUAGAGGCUCCCCUCAACCUGCAUGUCCAGCCGACUACUCGUGUUCUGUAAGCGAAGUCGACAAGUGGGCAGUGUGUUGUCUUUCUGAGAAACAAGCACCAGCAUACGUAGCGCCUCCUGCCGGAUAUACAGGUCUUAGACUUCAAACUGUGUGUUUGCAUGUUGAUCCAGCCUGUGCACAAAUGCACUACAGGAUGAUUGAUGGUGCGUGGUACAGAGUUUGUGACAUCCAGAGGCCCGGAUGUAGAAAAACUUAA